CUCACUCUCUCUAUCUUCCCUUUUUCAGUCUCCCUCCUUCUAGCAGCAGUAGUGGCCACCACUGCCAAAUUCAACAUGGACAACAUUAAUGUCAAGGUCAAAUGUAACAACAUGAUUGCCUUGACCUCUGACCUUGAUCUUUAUGUUGUGGCACGGUGCCGAAAUGGUGUUCAUCGGUAUUACCGACACAGGGAUGAAUACCAGCUGACCAUUCCGAUCUGCCAGAAAUCAUGUUCCCGGUACACCUGUCACAUGAUGCAGCGCGGCAACAUCAGAGAGUACUACGUACGAUUGCAGGUUAGCACGAAACAGUCGAGGAUACUCCGGAAGGGAUACAUAGUGAGGUGCUCCUUUGCAAGGUACGGCAAGGCAAAAGCAAAGACCAUUGUUUAUCUGACGGGAGCCAGAAAGAAUGUAACAAGGUAUGUGGCGACAAGGAUCGGCACGAAGAAGCGAGUCAACCUGAUGAUGAGGCUGAAAGACUCCCGUGGAAGAACAGUCACCAAAUUGACAACAGCUAAGAAAAGGGUUCGUCUUGUCAGUGAAAUGAACGAUUCCAACGGCACAAAGAACAUCGUCAUACGGAACUGCUUCGCCAAGGCCAGACGGAAACGAAUUCUACUUCUGCGAAACGGCUGUGGCACGGGUAAAGUGUUCAAGACCAAGCAAGGUUUCAUCAACCGAGGAAACAGGAUUGAAAGCCCAUUUUUUAAAAUCCAUCGCCAUAAGGGCAAGACCGCUGUCGAUACGUUCUAUUGCACUUUCAAGAUAUGUAAAUCUCAUUGCCACAUCAUAAACAGCUGCAAAGCCGCAAGAGGCCAUUAAAAUAAUUAAACUACCCCUUGUCCCCUUCAUCCAUGAUGUCUAUACCCUAAUUUUCUUGUUCUUUGCUGGCUAUCUUUCAAUUUCUGUUGACCAAAUCCACUCAGAAGGCUUUGUUCAGCCCAAGGCUAUUGUGAUGGCCAUUGUUAUUACCACUGAAUUAUAUAAAUCCAUAUAUUGUACAAUAAAUUUAUAUGUGAACAAA